AUGGGAAAACGACUGCCAGCGUUUGUGAAACCGUACGUUUUUGCUGCGAUUGCGGCGCAACAAAUUUGCGAAGAGUGUGCGGAAGAGAAUGAUAUAACGCUGCAUUGCCGUUGGUGCGGGACACGAGAACAUAUAUUCCGCGAUAACCCAGUUAAACAAUUCGUUAAGUUUGCUAUGCGUACAUCAAAAUAUUUUAAAAAAUUUAUUUGCAUCGCCUAUAAUGCGAAAGCAUUUGACGCGCAAUUUAUUCUUCGAUAUGUAGUUAAAAGCGGUAUUAAUUUAGAACCUAAAGUAAUUUUAAACGGAACAAAAAUAAUUCUAAUGUCUGUAGGNCGUACAAAAUUUGUAGACAGUGUUAAUUAUAUACCUAUGAAAUUAGCGGAGUUACCAAAAGCUUUCGGACUGUCAGUUACAUCCGAUAAAGGUAUUUUUCCCNACUUAUUUAACACUAUCGAGAAUCAAACAUAUGUCGGUUCGUUACCCGAUGUAAAAUAUUACUCUCCAGAAACAAUGAAAUCUGAUGAACGCGAACGUCUUUUAAAAUGGCAUAAGAAGAUGACGCAAAAUAAAGUCGUUUUCGAUUUUCAGCAUGAAAUAAUACGCUAUUGCCGUACCAAUGUCGAUAUUUUACGUCAGGCCUGCAUAGCUUUUCGAAAAAUCUUUCUUGAUCGCGGUAAUGUUUGCCCGUUUGAGGAAUGUACAACUAUUGCUUCUUCAUAUAUGACAGUUUUUCGUAAAAACUUUCUGCGAAAAAAAGAAAUAGGUAUUAUCCUUUCGGGAGGGUAUAGAAUGGUAAACAAACAAUCACGCAAAGCUCUACAAUGGUUACUGUGGAUGGAGCACGUGCUUAGUCAAAGUAUAAUUCAUGCGGGUAAAGGUCGUGAAUAUAGAUUAAUUGACGGUACGUUAGUCAACGGAUAUCAUGAAACGGCAAAUCCAGCACACCGGCAUGUUUUACAAUUUCACGAGUGCUUCUGGCACGGCUGCCCUAAGUGCUUUAGAAUAAAUCGCGCGCUUUCAUCACAUCGAGAAGAUACAAUCGACUCACGUUAUGGACGAACUCUCGCCACAACGUAUCGUCUUCGAAAACGGGGAUACAUUGUUACAGAAAAGUGGGAGUGUGAUUUCGAUCGUGAAAUACGCGAAAAUCAAAAUCUUAAGAAUUUCGUCUCAAGACAACACGUGAUAACUCCUCUUAAUCCGGGCGACGCGUUUUACGGCGGACGCACGGAAAAUAUUGUAACACAGUAUGAGAUUGCUGGAACAGAAAAGAUACGCUAUGUCGAUGUAUGCUCUUUAUAUCCUUAUUUUUUAAAAACAGGAGUUUUCCCAAUCGAUUACCCCGAUAUUUAUGUAGGAGAAGAAUGCUCAGUUUUAAUUGGUGAAGCUCCGAAUUAUGAUUUUUCCAAUGUCGAAGGACUUGUGCGUUGUAAGGCUCUUCCUCCACGCGAUCUUUUUCACCCCGUUCUUCCGUAUCGUGCGCACGGUAAAUUGUUAUUUGCUUUAUGCCGUAGCUGUUGCGAAACGCUCUCACAAGACGCCUGCGCACAUGAACAUUCAAAAGAUCGCGAAUUUGAAGAGGUUGUUAAAACGCGUCAGCGGCUCAUGGAGUUACUCGCAAGUCCUGAACAUGAAAUAAUUGACAUGUUACCCGUGAACAAUAACAUGAUGUAUAUUUCGUGGCGGUUGAGACGCGAGGCAGUCAUACCCUCUCCAUUGACGAACGUCGUAAUAGCAGCUUACACAACAGCGCAAGCCCGUUUAAAAUUAUAUGAAUAUUUAGAGCGAUUAGAUCAGCGUGUUCUAUACUGCGAUACUGACUCAUGUAUAUAUUUGAGCAACGGCGUUCCUUGCGAAUAUGAGCCGCCUACGGGAAAUUUUUUGGGGAACAUGACGAACUUGAAAGUUAUGGGCGAGGUAGCUAUAUUGAAUCAUUUGUAUCUGGAGGACCUAAAUUUUAUGCGUAUGUGGUACGCACUCCCGAAGGACAUACUCACAAAAUAUCCAGAAAUGUGCUUCGUCGCUGAACCAUAUGUAUGGAAGAUUACCGCGCUUCUGACUGAGAUACGCGCCGAAGGUUGUUGCAAAUGCGAGCCGUUUCUCUUCGUUGAGAGGGGAAAGCGUUUGAAGCAUCUGGAUUUUGUAGGGGAACAUGUCGAUAUCUUCCGUCAUCAUUCG